UGUUUUUACACUUAACACCAACUAAACAAGGAUCCCGCCAACUCGUUUUUUACCAGAGAAGUCACACUGGCAGCAUAAUUCAUCCAUCAUGGAGAAACUCCAACAUGUUCCCCGCACACGGGUUAGACGCUCGCCCAGAUACGAAUUCGUUAUCGGAUCAAUUGUAGCUCUCUUCUGGCUCUUUGGCAUCUCGUCGCUCGGCCGCGAAGCUUCCAUUAGCCUUUUUGCUUCCGACGACAUCGACGCAAUGAAGACAUGCGCCAUUCGCAACUUGGAAGCCGAUUUAACAUUUCUCGAUUCUGCAAAGCCAAUCUCCAAAAAUGAGUUCCUCGCCAGACGAGACAAACUGGCCCAAGCAAUCGCUCAGAGUGGCGCCGACGCUUUCGUCGUAGAACCUGGACCUGCGUUUCAAUACUAUGCCAAUGUUUCCGGGUCUGCAUGGGGCCUCUCAGAGCGCCCGUUUCUCAUGAUUGUUCGACCCGACACCUCCGAUGACGGCAAGGUGACCGCCAAAACAGCAUUCCUUGUCCCGCACUUUGAGCAAGGCAGAGCCCUCCUCCUACCGAUCCCUUCGAGCCAGAAGGACCUCGAUAUUAUUAUUUGGGAAGAAUCAUGGAGUCCCUACGAGACGCUUCACAACUCGACCUUCUUUGAGGACAUCUCCAAGCCAACAGUCAUGAUUGACGAAGACAUGCGCGACUUCAUCGUCCGUGGGCUGCAGUCCGCCUCCUUCAAAACAGUCGGCCUAGCACCAGAAGUCGAACUGAUUCGCCAGCAAAAGAGCGAAAGCGAGAUCGAAAUCCUCCGUGCCGUCAACACAGGCACCGCAUCCGCCGUGCGGGCUAUGCGACCCUGUCUCAAGCCCGAUCUGACAGAGGCUGACGUUGGCGACAUCCUCAACGCUGCUCUGGAAUCAGUCGGCUUCAAGCCAGCAUUCGCACUUGUUCUAUUCGACGAGCACGCAGCCAACCCUCAUGGCGGCACUGCUAAUCCUAAUAAAAAGCUCACCCGCGAUACCAUGGUCUUAAUUGACGUUGGUGCGGUCUAUCUCGGGUACGAGUCUGAUUGUACGCGCAGCUUCUUAAUUGAACAAGGCAAGAAGAAGUCUUCAGACCCUCUGCGUCAGGAGAAGCACACUGUAUGGCAGAUUGUGCACGAGGCGCAGACAGUCGCUGCCAUGACCAUGAAGCCCAAUGUGACAGCUGCAGAGGUCGAUCUGGCUGCACGUACAGUCAUUGAGCAUGCGGGCUACGGCUACGCAUUUACCCACCGCCUCGGCCACAGCAUCGGCAUCCGCGGCCACGAAUCGCCCUAUCUCAACAUGGGCAACCGCGACACUUAUCUAAAGCCAGGGAUGGUCUUUACAAAUGAGCCGGGUAUCUAUCUUGAACAGCGUUUCGGCAUUCGACACGAGGAUGUGUAUGUGAUUCGUGAGAACGGCGAAGCAGAGCUCCUUACUGGCAAGAGAGCUACAAAUAUGUUUGAACCAUAAGUUUUGAUUGUUUUUGCUCAGAUUCGUGUAUAUUUGGGAUAUCUUUACAAACGUAAAUAGUGUAUAUACAGUACAGAACAGCCCCGUCUGCUAAUUAAAAUCCCUCCAAAAAAAAAAAGAUACCUGUGUCCAAAUAAGAUGAACGAACGCCUCCCAGUUUUUCGUGACCAAUUACAAAAGAUGAUAUAUUGUGUUGCGCCAGUGAUGCUAAAAAAGGUUGAAAAAUGAAAAUGGGUUGAAAAAGGAAUGUAUGUGAUAUGGGUGUAAAAGCGUUAUUGUAGUCGUUGAUGAUUCUGAUGAUGUUGCUGUUGCUGUUGAGCCAAAGCGGCGAGUGAGUCAAACCCUUCGAGAGGGAAGCCCCGUGCAAUCGCUGCCCCUCGGAACUGCUCAAGCCAGGGUUUAUUGUCGUUUUCUGAGAGGGGUUCGUGAUUCAGGCUACAGUUCACGUAGACUGAGUCGUCUUGGUAGGUCCAGUCUGCGACGUGGACUGCGCAUUCGGAGAGUGUAUUGGGGAAGGGAGAGGAGCUGAGGGUUGCGCACAUCCAUGACAUUUGCUGGAAUAUUUCAAUCAUGGUGUGAGUCCAGGCGGAGAUGCUAAUUCUGAUGGCGUUGUCUUCAACUUCCAAGUGAAUCAGUCGAAGCCCGGCGCAGUAGGCUGUGUCUUCGUCCGAGCUGUCCCAGACAGAAAAUCCUAGGCUGGGUUCACCCGGUUGGUGGGAAGCCGAUGCGUUCAUGACGGCAGCCUCGAGACACUUGAGCACAAUGCGGCCGCAUUUUGGCCAUCGCUUAUCGAUGUAGUCUGCGACUGUUGUGUAGACACAGUCGCCAGAGCUACCAGUGAGCGCGGGUAAUGAGCCAAUGUUGACCAACUGAGGAUCCCCAAUUCCAUCGAGAGGCCCAAAAAGUUGGCAGGAGAAUUUAAAUUGCAUCAGCUGGUAUCCAUCACGCGGCGGGCGGAAGGUUCGUUUGCGAAUAAUUUCCCAGACUGUUGAUUCAGCCAUGUGAACUUGCACGUAGUUUGGCGAUAACAAAAGGCGACGUAUCUGGGACACCAGCUUUUGAGCUGCCUGGCCGCUGAGAAUCAGCGAGUGAAGUGUUCGAGCAAUCUGUUCCGGACACCCUCCAGGCGAUUGCUCUGGGUAUUCUCGGUGCCAGAAGCCACAGACUAGCUGUAAUGCAAGAGGCAGGCUGACGCCGUUGGCAGUUGCUGACCAAGUGACCGGCCGUUGGGAUAGACCAGGAGCGAUAAUGUCGAGAAUACAUUUCGAUGUCUCUGGUCCAUUGAGGAUCAGAAUCAGUUGGCUAAUAGGACCUUCGAAGAGGCGGACGACUUGUGCGGAUGGGGCGCUUUCGGCGUUGUGAUAAAAUGUAUAGAGUUCAUCCCAGAUUUCACGACAGAAAUCGGCGAUUAGUCGGUCGAUAACUCUGUCGAGGUUGACUUUUACUUUGCCUUCGAGGUAGUAGUGUGUAAGAAGUUCGUUGUCGAGACCGUCAGCAAGCGCUCUUGCAAAGGCGGCGACAAAGGACCCCGAAAUGAUCGGUGCUAAAUGUACUUCGGUUUCUUUCGAGUGUUUAUCGAUGCGGGACGGAAGGGUUGGCAGGGGCGGCUUGUGUGUGAUGAGUUCUUCAUUGUCAUAGAAGGCCCGCGUUCUCCUGCCGAUGUCACGGGAGCGCAGAGGGAGAGACAUUGCUUCGCAUGGCGAUGUCGACGAUGGAUCGAUGCUCGGGUGAUGUGAAGCGCAGCGAGUGUAAAAUUGAGUCGAAUUCGAGUCGAGUCUCGUUGGUCGAGGUGGUGAAGGAGGCGGUGCACAGGGCGAAGCCAAGCCUGGGGGGAUGCAAGAGUAUAUCGAUGUGCGUCCGGGGGUAAGUCGGGGAAGCCGACUAGGCGCGGGUCAGCGUGGCCGUUUAGGAUAAAAGUCGAGAAAACUCUGCGGAAGAGUGAUGUAGCAGUGGGAAAAAGAAGGUUGAGAUCGUUUGAGGAGGCGAGAUUAAGACAGCAGACUAGUCUGUUUGUGUCAAAGGACGGGUAAAGACGAUAUUUGGGGGGGUUUAAUUUUUUCCCAUUGACACAGCAAACAGCCGG